AUGGGGCCCAAACCGAUAUUGAAACGAAAGGCUCAGUCGCAGCCGGCGACAAAGUCCAAAAAAAUCCACCUGGAUAAGGCUGAAAAGCCUGAAAAGAAGCGAAGUCGACCUGUGACCGCGACCUUGCCUCCACCAGAGGCCAGUGGGACCGACUCUGAAGAUGACGACGAGGAUCAGGCUGCAGACGAUGAGGAAGACGAAUGGGAUGGUGUUGACGACGACGGCGACGUGGAGAUGGAGAACGAAUCGCCUCAAAACGCUACAAAACCAGCAAAAGAUCCCAACGCUGCCAGGGAAUCGCACAAAGCACAAAAGGCAUUGCUUCAGGAACGCAAGGCGGCCAAACCGCAUUCGAAUCUGUUGGCUGAAGCCAAACGUAUCUGGGCUCUCGCCCGAAAAAAGGACAUCAAACCUGCCGAACGACAGAAACAUGUCCAGGAACUCAUGUCCACGAUCAGGGGAAAGGUCAAGGAGAUUGUGUUCAAGCACGAUGCCAGUCGUAUUGUGCAGACGAUCGUCAAGUAUGGAGGACAGAAGGAGCGAGACGAGAUUGCUUCGGAGCUGAAGGGCAGGUUCAGGGAGUUGGCGCAGAACAAGUAUUCCAAGUUCUUGGUGACCAAGCUUAUUCGAUUCUGUUCCUCGCAACGACAGUCGAUACUAUUGGAAUUCCAACCUCAAGUUCUCCGCUUGUUGCUUCACCGCGAAGCUACCUCCGUGCUCGCAGAUGCCUUCGAACUCUACGCCAACGCCUACGAACGGUCCAUCCUUCUCCGUGAAUUCUAUGGCAAGGAAGCCACUCUCUUCACAAUAACAUCCGGCAGCGAGGAGGACAAGGAGAAGGCCCGCAAGGGCCUCAACGGGUACCUCGAGGGUGUGGACGUCGAACGGAAACGACGAAUCAUCAGAUCGGUCAAGGAAAACCUGACGACAGUUUUCAACAACCCAGAUAAGGGUGCCGUGACACACGCCAUCAUCCACAGGGUGCUAUGGGAGUACCUGCAGGCCCUGAACUCUCUUCCCGAGGAGGAGGAACGGGAAAAGCUUCGCAGAGAGAUGUUUGAGACUUGCCAGGAAGUCCUCGCCGAAAUGGUACACACCAAAGACGGAAGCAGGGUCGUCCGUGAAUUCCUGGCCUGUGGAACUGCCAAAGACCGGAAGCAGAUCCUCAAAGUGCUCAAGCCACACAUCGAACGAAUGUGCCUCGACGACGAAGCCCAACUCGUUCUCUUCACCGCACUGGAUGUUACCGACGACACAAAACUCCUCGCCAAGUCCAUAGUCUCAGAAAUCGUCAACUCGGCCGAAAAGCUCUACACGACCGUCCAAGGACGUCGCGCCCUCCUCUAUCUCAUCGUCCCGCGCUCAAGACGACACUUCACCCCCGCCCAAAUCGCCUCGCUGGCCGAAACAGACGAGACCAGGUCCCGGACGAGCAAAAAGUCGCCCGAGAACAGGGAGAGCGAGAUCCGCACAUCCGCGAGCGAGGGGCUGAUAUCGUGGGUCCAGGAGGAAGCUUCGACGCUCAUCAGGGAUCCUGGCGCCAGCUUGGUCGUCACCGACAUCAUGCUGAACGCUGAAGGUGACAAGUCGAGUGCCAUCGCUUCGCUUCUUAGCGCUAUCACCAUCCCUUACCCACCCGACGAAAUCUCGAAAGACGCGCACCCUAUCGAUCUGGCUCAUACCUCCCGGCUCUACAAAACCCUCCUGCAAGGCGGCCAUUAUAACCACAAGACCCAGUCUAUCGAGCCUGCUCGGGAUUGGAAGCCGGCAGCGUUCGCGGUCCAGUUUGUCAACACCUUGGGCAAGGACCUCGUCGUGGCGAUGUGCACCAAGGGCGAGCAGAACGGGUGCUUCGUCGUUGCGGAGCUCUGCCAGGCGCUCGUUAGUGGUGACGAAAAGGAGGCGAGGAAGAGCGUGAAAGAGUGGUUUACGAAGGAGGUUAGGAAGACGGUGGAGGACAGCGAGGCGAGGGGUAAGAAGGUUCUCCUGGAGAAGUUGGAAUUGUUGUAG